AUGUGGGUAAACCCAGGACUAAGGUUAAAUCUGUGGAGUUCAAAGGCUAUAAGCAAAAUUGCAAGUCAUGUGGGUAAACCUGUUGCCACUGAUAAGCUCACUGCUAGUAAGCAAAGGUUGGCUUAUGCUAGGGUUUUGGUUGAAGUCCAUAUACCCUCCUCUCUUCCAGACUCUAUUCCUAUACAUGGACCUAAUGGUCAAGUAUAUAAUCAAAAAGUAAUCUAUGAGUUCAAACCUAAAUGGUGUGAUAGUUGCAAAAUUGUGGGGCAUGAUACUAAUUUCUGUAAAAAGCAUCCUAAGAUUCAGAAAUGGGUACCUAAGACUAGUACAAGAAUUUCUGACAAGUUCAUUCAUACACAUAACCAGCAUGAGGAUCAGAUACAAAAAAACCCUAGUAAACCUGUGCAUGUUGUGCAUGUUCAGGCACAAUCAGCAAAUGUUGCUGGAUCUCUUCCAAAGUUGUCUGAAGGUGAUGAGAAUCUGAAGAGUAAUCAGAUAAGCAAAAGCUCUGGCAAAUCUGUGCAUGAUGUGCAUGUUCAGGCACAAACUGCAAAUGUUGCUGUUGAAAACACUAGUCUGCCUGGGGAACUUGAGCUGGAUGGUUUUUCUAGUAGGGAUAAUGUUCAGGCAUUUUCUGCUGGAAAAAUUAAAGGCUUGGCUGAUAACAGUAAAUAUCCAUCAGGGAGUAAAGCUGUGCAGGCUGUGCAUGUUCAAGAAUUUGGUUUUGUUGGAUCUAAUAAAGGCAAAAGUUUACAGUCCUCUAAAACAUGGUCUGAUAGGGGGGACUACAAGAUUAUGAACUUUUCCUUUUGGAAUAUUAGAGGGCUAAAUAAGUCCUCUAAACAACAUUUGGUCAAGAUCCAUAUUCAGCAAUACCAUUUAUCCUUUAUGGCUCUCAUUGAAACAAAAGUCAAAGCAUGCAAGAUCCCUAUUAUAGCAAGGAAAAUUGCUUGUAAUUGGAAAUGGUGUUCAAAUGUUAUCAACUCUUCCAAAGCUAGAAUACUGAUUUUAUGGGAUCCAAAUACUUUGGACAUCCAAGUUGACAGUUACUCUCCUCAGCAUAUUACUAGCCUUGUUAAAUCCAUAGAUGGGAGAAUAGACUGUUUUAUCUCCUCUAUAUAUGGAUAUAAUCAUAUUGAGAAUAGGAAAACUCUUUGGCUUGAACUAAGGCAAAUUCAACAUAGAGUUGGUAAUAAGCCUUGGAUUCUCAGUGGUGAUUUCAAUGUUAUAACUGAUGAUGAGGACAAAUUAGGAGGAGCUAUGGUUACUGUGGCUGAAACACUGGAUAUCAGGGAAUUCAUUGAUGACUGUCAACUUACUCACCUGAAAACUGAAGGGUGUUUCUUUACUUGGAACAACAAACAAGAGGCAAAUUCCAGAGUAUGGAGUAGACUUGAUAGUACUCUGGUCAAUGAUGCUUGGAUUAAUCUUUAUAACUCCAGCCAUGUUGAAUAUUUGCUGCCCAAUUGCUCCGAUCAUUCUCCUGCAUUGGUGUCAAUAUAUGAUGAUUGUGUCCAAGGGAAAAAGCCUUUCAAAUUUUUCAAUAUGUGGAGCAAGCAUGAUGAUUACUUACCCACUGUGACUUCCAUCUGGCAAGGGAAAAUUCCAGGCUGUAUCAUGUUUUCAGUGAUCAGUAAAUUGAAGCAACUGAAAGUAGCUCUCAGGGACUUAAACAAGAAAAAAAUUCACAAUAUAUCUGAGCAAGUUAUCAGAGCAAGAAUUAAUCUGCAGAAUGCCCAAAAGCAUUUACAAUCAGAUCCUCUUAAUGCUGACUUGAUUGAACAGGAAAAAAAAUCUGCAGAAUGCCCAAAAGCAUUUACAAUCAGAUCCUCUUAA